AUGGAUCCAAGCACAACUUCCUACUAUACUGCUCUCUCCUGGGCGUUCAAGUUCGAUUUGGCUAUCAGUAAGGCACAUAUGGGCCUCUUCUUUAACCAGGGUCAAUGCUGUUGUGCCAGUUCGCGCAUCUACGUCGAAGAAUCCAUCUACGCUGAAUUUGUUGAGGGUAGUGUUGAAGCGGCUAAGAAACGACGCCUAGGGGACCCGUUUGAAUGGGACACAGAUCAACGUUCAUAUCCGGGCUAA